AUGGCGGCCGAGGCCGCGGACUCGCCCCCGGACGGGAUCGAACCGGCGCUCAGUUGCUUCUCUUUCAACCAGGAUUGCACAUCCCUGGCGAUUGGAACCAAAGCCGGUUAUAAGCUGUUUUCCUUGAGUUCUGUGGAGCGACUGGACCAAGUCCAUGGAAGCAAUGAAAUCCCGGACGUGUACAUCGUGGAGCGUCUGUUCUCCAGCAGCCUGGUGGUGGUGGUGAGUCACACGAAGCCGCGGCAGAUGAACGUGUACCACUUCAAGAAGGGCACGGAGAUCUGUAAUUACAGCUACGCCAGCAACAUCCUGUCCAUACGGCUCAACCGGCAGAGGUUGCUGGUUUGCCUGGAGGGCUCCAUUUACAUUCACAACAUCAAGGACAUGAAGCUGCUGAAGACCAUCCUGGACAUCCCUGCCAACCCCACAGGUCUCUGCGCCCUCUCCAUCAACCAUUCCAAUUCCUACUUGGCCUAUCCCGGGAGCCUCACCACAGGGGAGAUUGUGCUCUAUGAUGGAAAUUCCCUGAAAACUGUCUGCACCAUUGCCGCCCACGAGGGGAUGCUGGCCGCCAUCACCUUCAAUUCCUCGGGCUCCAAGCUGGCCAGCGCGUCGGAAAAGGGCACAGUCAUCCGCGUGUUCUCGGUACCCGACGGCCAGAAGCUCUAUGAGUUCCGGAGGGGAAUGAAAAGGUAUGUGACCAUCAGCUCACUGGUUUUCAGCAUGGACUCGCAGUUCCUCUGCGCCUCCAGCAACACGGAGACUGUGCACAUCUUCAAGCUGGAGCACCUCACGGACAGCCGCCCAGAGGAGCCCGCCACCUGGAGCGGCUACGUGGGAAAGGUGUUCAUGGCCGCGACCAACUACCUCCCUGCGCAGGUGUCCGACAUGAUGAACCAGGACCGGGCCUUCGCCACCGGGCGUCUGGGUUUCUCUGGGCAGAGAAACAUCUGCACACUGUCCACGAUCCAGAAGCUGCCCAGGCUGCUGGUUGCAUCCUCUGACGGACACCUCUACAUCUACAAUCUGGACCCUCAGGAUGGUGGGGAGUGCGUCUUAGUCAAGACCCACAGCUUGCUGGGCCCAGGAACUACAGAUGACAAUAAAGAAAAUGACCUCAGACCUUCAUUACCUCAGUCCUAUGCAGCAACUGUAGCCAGACCCAGCACAGCCUCAGCCUCCACGGUGCCAGGUUAUUCCGAGGACGGCGGGGCGCUCCGAGGAGAGGUUAUUCCUGAACACGAGUUUGCCACGGGACCAGUGUGUCUUGAGGAUGAGAAUGAGUUUCCCCCUAUAAUCUUGUGCCGUGGAAGUCAGAAGGGCAAAACGAAGCAGUCAUGA